UCCGUCUCAUGUUGAGAGAGCUCGGCAUUUAGCCUUGAUACUGUAGACAGCAUAACUAAUAAACCUGAAUUACUAAAACAGUGGUUUUGUUGUAUACAACUUUUGAGGCGUUAAUGUCAAUUUAACCUAGGUCUAAAAAUAUAAUUAUUGUCAUCUUCAACCUAGAGCGUAACCAGGAAGUGAGUGUGCGCUCUGGAGACGAGGGGAGCUUUGGUGUGGAGGAGUGAUUCUGGAUAAACACUUUCACUUGAAAGUCGCAGCUACAUGGUUUUCUUCAAAGUAGUCAUGGCCCACGGAAGUCGCCUUCCAAGACCCGGGGAUUAUGAUAUUAGUGCUGUAAUGUCUUUGUCAGAAUGAGUAAGGAGAACCUCAGCGACUGGCCCCCAUCCCAGACCUCUGCAGAGGAGGAAGAGGAGGAGGAAGAUGAUGGGGAGCCCAAGGUGUGUCAGGUGUGUGGAGAUCGGGCUACAGGCUAUCACUUCAACGCCAUGACAUGUGAGGGCUGCAAGGGAUUCUUCAGGCGUGCCAUGAAGCACCCCACUAAGUUCUGCUGCCCGCAGCAGGGUGUCUGUGUCAUCACCAAGAACAACCGCCGCCAGUGCCAGGCCUGUCGACUCCACAAAUGCCAGUCCAUAGGCAUGCUGAAAGAGUUGAUCAUGUCAAAGGAGGCUGUGGAGAAGAGGAGGAGUCAGAUCAGGAGGAACAGGAUGGUUGAAGAGCCCCCGGUCCUCUCGCCACAACAGGAAGCUGUCAUACAGGAACUGUUCAACGCCCAUGAAAAGACCUUCGACGUCACCUUUUCCCACUUCCAGUUCAGGCCCAUCGACAGAGACCUCAACCCCAUGUCUGUGUGGAACCAGACUGCCAGUGGGCAAAGUGCAAAACAGACUGGAAGAAUGGAUAACUUGUCAUCAUCUUACUCCACUUCCACCUCCACCAGCUUAUCCUCUUCCUCCUGUUCUUUAGAGGAUGAGGAGGACAGGAGUGAUGGAGGGAAGAAUACAGUUUUCACCACUCUGCCCGAUGUAGCUGACCUUACCACCGACAUGGAGGAGAAGGAGGAGGAGAAGGAGAAGAAGGAGGGCAGGAGUGAUGGGGGGAAGAAUACGGUUUUCACCACUCUGCCCCACAUAGCUGACCUCACCACCUACAUGAUCCAAAACAUCAUCAACUUUGCCAAAGGACUCCCCUCCUUCAGGGCCCUGGCCAUAGACGACCAGAUCUCUCUGUUGAAGGGGGCCAUGUUUGAGAUGAUGCAGAUCCGCUUCAACAUGAUGUUCAAUGUCAAGACGGGCAUCUGGGAGUGUGGUCCCCUGACAUACUGCAUGGACGACGCUGUCCGGGCUGGGUUUCAGCGCCACCUGUUGGACCCUCUGAUGCGGUUCCACUACACCCUGAGGAACAUACAGCUGCAGGAGGUGGAGUAUGUUCUCAUGCAGGCCAUCUCCCUCUUCUCUCCAGAUCGUCCGGGUGUGAUCAAUCAUGGUGUGAUUGAUAGUCUGCAGGAGAAGCUGGCUAUUGCGCUGAAGGUCCACAUCGACUCCAAGAGGGCCAAGCCUGAGAAACACCUGCUGUACCCUAAGAUUCUGGCGUGUCUGACGGAGAUGAGGACUAUGAAUGAGGAGUAUACCAAACAGGUUCUGCAGAUUCAGGACAUCCAGCCAGGCAACUCAUUUGACCCACUCAUCCUGGAGGUGGUCAGCAAGGACCCCUGAGACAGACACACCCAGACAGGCAGCAGCAGGGAUGCCUAAAUCACUUUCCGUCAGGUUUCAACAAGGACAUCUAGGGAGAAUCUCAAUUACAUACUCCUUGUGUCCUCUCUCCUCGACUCCUUCUCAAAACCCAUUGGAUGAAAGAGCCAGACGUCCCUCCCUUCUGACCUUCUCUUCUAAUGGGUUUUGAGAAGGAGGCGAGAAGAAAGGACGCAAGGAGUAUGCAAUUGAGAAAAGGACCUAAAUUACUUUCAGACAGCUUAAUCCACUUUCCUCAGCCCGAUAUACAGAACGGAUGCCUAAAUAAUUGUGACAGGCUUCAACAGAGACAUGUAAAACUGCCUAUGGGGUGAUUGAAUCAUUUUCCCUCUCAAGAAUGUAGAUUUUAUUUUAUUCAAAAUAUAUCAAAAUAUAUCAAAAGAGCUAUACGUAGUUUUUUAAUGUGUGCUUGCUUGUAUGUUUUUUUCUUUCAUCAUUCAAUUAUGCAUAUUGCCAACGCAAAAUGAUUGUCAGAGACUCAGACAAUUGUGUUUAAAGCACUAAUGCAAAAUUAUCUUAUACAGGACUGAAGAAGGGGGUGUCCCCUAUGGUUCUACAGAGGUUUAAGGAGGGAUUUUGUUUUCUGUGAUAAACACUCUUUGGCUGCUGUAUUUCCUAAAAGCUGGUCAAGUGCCUCCUUAAUUGUGAGACAAAAUCAAUCUAGUACAUAUCAAUUUAUCCUGAUCGCAGAAAUGUCACAGGUGAAAAGAACACACUACAAUCAGAAUCUAAAUGUGAAAUACAUCAUCUUAUAUGUAUUGUUAAUGUUACAAAUGAUGCAGGUACCUGUAUUCUGUGUUUUAGUGUAUUUGUGUUUUUGCCUUGUGACGUGAAUGUUUGGUUGUGUUUUUUUCUAGACAUGUACAGACGUGUGUUUGGCUGUGUGAGCGUUGGGUCAUGGUUGUUGUUGGUGUUUUCUGCCUUAAAUAUGUAUCUUUCUGUGUGCUGUAACACUAGUAGACACACAGGACCCUCCAUGGCCAGAACUUUAUGACCUUUGAACUUUGUUUUGACCUACUAGUCCUACCUCACAUGACCUCAGGUCUACAAUUCCUUAGGCUUUCCUCCUAUUAGUGUAUGGCCACACAAAGAUUUGGUGUCUGAAAUGUAUGGAUUGAGACAAUAGUUUUUCAAUGGACGUCAUCAGAUAAUGCAGCCUGGUCUCGUAGACUAGAUGUAACAUAUUAAAAGCAAAUAUGGCACACUCAAAUGAGUAUGAUAGGUUACAUUUGGUAUGGUUACAUAAGACAGAUGGAUACUUAAGGCAAAAACAAAAGUAGGGUGAUUGGUGUAUAUCGCAAAAGUUGCAAGUUCGAAUCUCAUCACGGACAAUUUUAGCUAAUUAUCAACCUUUCAACUAGUUUUUAGCUACUAUGCAACUACUUCGCAUGUUAGCUAACCUUUCCCCUAUCCCUAACCCUUUAACCUAACUCCUAAACCAAACACCUAGCCUAGCUAAUAUUAGCCAGCUAGCUAACAUUAGCCACCUACCUAGAAUUCGUAACAUAUUGUACAUCAUACAAAUUCGUAGCACAUUGUAUAUUUUUCUAAUUUGUAACUUAUCAUACGAAAUGGGUGAUGGACAACCACAAAUUAAUACAUAUCAUACAAAACAUAACAUAUCAUACUAAAUGGAGUGUCUCAGAUUUACGUACAGAAUAAUAGGAAAUGCUUUGAGACCAGGUUGGAUAAUGGAUGAUAAUCUAAAAAAAACACCCAAGAUGUCUGCCUUGCAUGUGUAUGUAACUCAUCCAUUAGUAGUAGAACUUUGACAUACAAAAACGGACAAUGGUGAAUGCAUUUGCAUUUUCAUGUCUCAACUGAAAAUCGCACUUUUUAAAAGUUAAUAUUCUGUUAACUAAUGCGUCAUACCCAAAUAAUGUUGUUGACUCAUCCUAUACAAAGCAUAAAUUGGAGAAAAACACUUCAAACACCCCACCUCAAACUUGUAUCUCAAACAGUAUUUAAAAAAUGCUUUCCUCAUAGAUGAUGUCAUCACAGGUGGUCCUAUGUGUCUCAGUCAAUAGAGUAUGGCGUUUACAAGGGUUGUGGGUUUGAUUCCCGCUGGGGCCACCCAUAUGUAAAAUGUAUGCACGCAUGACUGUAAGUCGCUUUGGAUAAAAAUGUCUGCUGAAAUGUUAUAUUAUCAGCAGUCUACUCACAUUUUCUGAAUUACCGGUAUACGCCCACUCCAUUCCAACACAGAAAAUAUGCUUUUUAACGUAAGUAAUUACCAUUUUUGGGAAAGAAAACUAUUUCACUCAUAUUGUAAUUAAUUAUAGGUCAUAUUUCAUAGAAAUAUGGAAACACUGGACAGUUAUUAGCUGUUGUAUGUUAAAAUAAAAGUUAUACAUUUAAAUUAUGUUAGCCUGAAGUGCUCUCUUCUAUCAAACCCUCAAAUAAAAAGGAAUCUAAGUUUGACUAUAACAGAACCAUGUAAAACAGGGCUGGGCAACAUACGGCCCAUGGGCCGGAGACCAUUCAGUCUGUCCCACGGGAGGUUUGAGUCAUUUGGAAUAUUAGUAUUUUGGGUUAAAAAAACACUCCAGGCUCUUGAACACCUAAACAUACAUAAAAAGUAUGUUGAAAUUAUAAUGGACCUAUAUGUUUUUAAAUAACUGCCCUUUUCCAGGCCCGCAAAUGCCUUUUGACGAACAAAUCGAUCCCAAACCAAUCCUCCUCUGAAUUUUGAAAUCCCUUAUUGCCCACCCCUGAUGUAGAUUGUGUGGCUGGAUGAAGUGGAUGGGCUGUGGCCACAUGUGGCUAGUCAUCUACUGUAGUGUGUUGUUAGUCAUAGCCUGCUGUUCUACUGUACAUACUGAGCUCUACGACAGAUGUCACAACAGGGCAAGAGCACACACACAGACACACAGGCAGAGGUCAAGGCUUGUUCAUUUCCAGGCUAUCCUACUCUUUAUUUAAUGCAAAUGACAGUACCAGGAAACCAGGGAACUAUUCCUCAGGGCACGCAGGGGGAAGUAUUUACAGGGGCGAACAUUUAGGAUACCUUCACAGAACAAAAAAAAACAA